AUGGAUGACGACGCGCGCGACGGGACGGACGACGGCACGGCGAACGAUGGGCCUUCGAGCGAUGGGACGGCGGAUGCGCGCUCGAACGCGCUCGCGGCGGUGUUCUUCGCCGUGGGCGUCGGGACGCUGGCGCCGUGGAACGUGUUCAUCACGGCGCGCCCGUACUUUGCCGCGCGAUUCGCGACGUCGAACGAACGCGCGGUCGAGGCCUCGUUCGAGGCCGCGUUCGCGAGCGCGUACUCGGUGAGUAAUCUCGUGGUGUCGUGGGCGGUGUGGCGGUCGCAGUUGGUGGAGGGGAGGCGAGACGGAACGCGGUUGACGGGGCCGUUGUUUGUCGUCGGUUUGGCGUUGUGGACGUGCGGGGCGACGACGCGGAUCGAUGCGUCGCCGGAUUUCGUGUUCGCGGAGACUUUAUUGAUAAUCGCGUUCGUAGGGGGGCUGACGGCGAUCGCGCAGAGCGGGGGGUUCGCCGCGGCGAGCGCGCUGCCGGCGGCGUACGCGCAGGCGAUGAUGAGCGGACAGGCGGCGAGCGGAGUCGCGGUGUCGCUCGUGGCGAUGAUGACCACGGCGGGGAUGGGAGAGACGAUGAAGGCGAACGAACGUCAUGCGGAGGCGUACUUUUACGUCGCCACCGUGACUUUGUUCGCGUGCGCGUGGGCCACGACGCGGUUGGCGAAGAUUCCCAUGUACCGGAGACGGCAAGAGGAGGCGCGCGAGGCGGAGGCGCACGCGGAUACGGCGCGAGUGGAGACGAGGACGUUGCUAGGGGGUGACGAAGACGAGAUCGAGGGAGAUAGCGUCGAGGAUGUGGAGCGGAACGACGAGGCCUCGGCGUCGUUCGACGCAAAGGAGGAGUGUCGACUGUAUCGAUUGACAGUUGUGACGACAUUUGUCGCGACGCUGUGCGUUUUCCCAGCCGUCACGAGCGCGAUCGAGAGCACGAGCGGGACGUUCGGCGCGCUCUGGUCUCCAACGCUAUUCUUGCUUUUCAACUUGGGUGAUCUACUGGGACGACACUUGGCGUCCAUCCAUCCCAAGACGCCUCCAAGCGGUCGCUCACUUCUCCAAACGGCGACGCUUCGAUUCGCUUUUGUGCCUCUCAUCGCCGUCUGUAACGUCUCCACCUCGGGUUGGCGCGCCCCAAAAGUGUUCACCAUGGACGUCUUCCCGUUAUUCUUCAUCACAUCCCUGGCUGUGACAAACGGAUGGACCGCCAGCGUCGCCAUGAUGCACGGCGCAAGCCGAGCGCAUCCAUCCAAGCGUGAAGCCGAGGGCGUGGUCCUCAACUUUUGCCUCGUCGCCGGCAUAUUCGCUGGGACGACGCUCUCGCUCGUGUUUUCCAGCGUUUGA